AUGUGCGAGAACUUUGAAGAUCUGAAGUCCGUCCUCAACAAGUUGGACAAGGAGCAGAUCCUGGCGGUCUUGGAGCAAGCGCUGAAGCAGCAGGGAGACGACACUCAGCUCUUUCAUGCCAUCAGAAGAGCAGCGCUGGUCCUCUGCCAGCAGCAGGCUGUUGCUCAGGGGGGCACGAGUGCUGUGAGCAAGUCCUGCUUGUCGUACCUCGCAAGACAGGACUUCCCCUCCUCCUUCAGCUUUCUCCCCUGCUCCGAAGACGACUGCUACUUCCUCGACCACCCUCACAAGCCUCAGUUCCUGCUGCUCAAGUUCCGCAGUGUCUUGGACCCUUCGCUCCUGUGCAGCUCCUUGUACUCGACCAUGCAGCUAUUCCCGAAGGCGAGCUCGCGGGUGGUCAGGCAUGAGGACGGGAGGAAGUUUCAGCUGGGGGUGGAGAGAAGCUCCUUAACAGCAGUCAAAGUCUCCGAGGACAUCAUGGAUGACUUGUCGACUCUACCGUGGGUUGUCUCAACAGUUCAGAGGAGCGUCUAUCAAACGUCUUCGGUGCCGCUCCUCCAGUCCUACCUGCUCAGGUCCCAGGCAAGCUCCCAGGGCUCUUCCCUCCUCGUUGGGUUCCAUCAUGUGCUAGGUGACGGCAUGUCCUACGCUUCCUUCAUCUCGUCAUGGUCGAUGUUCUACCAGCAGGCAGUGGAGAGGAGAGCAGCCCCGGUUGAGGAGGAUCAGGCUGUGUUGGACCUCGAGGGCUGCCUCUCCUACCCCGGGCCAUCGCCAGGCUUCUCCCCGAGGAUCUUACAGUUCACGUUUCAGCGCAGUGAGCUGGAGGAGAGGAGGAGCUGCAUCCAACAAGGCGACUGCCACGUCAGCAUCAACGACGUCCUCCUAGCUGAGUGCGCGUGCGCGCUCGCUGGGACGAGGUGCGCGGGGCAGGUCAUGACAAGGGUCGUGGUGCUGGCGGACAUGCGAGGACGAAGCCUGGAGGAGAAGGCGUGGGGGAAUCACGUCGUAGACUUCCACCUCCUCCUCCCCGUUGCAGAUCUGAUGGAGGAUGACGUCAGAGCAGUCGCUCGUCGGAUCCGGAGCUGUGUGGACGCACAGACGGCCGAGCUGAAAGUCAGCAGGAAGCUGCUGGAGGAGAGGAACAGGGAGAGGGCGCAGGUACCGAAGCUGCUGUGCUGGAACUCAUGGGCGAAGGCCGGAAACUUGUUCCUCUCCUCUCACUUCGGAGCCCCCGCUGGGCUUGCUGACUUCCGGUGGAUGAAUUCCAUGUCGGUGGAGGACAGCAGCGUCGCCAUGGUCCUGCCCCUCGUCGACCCGCCCAGCGCCAUCGCCGUACAGCUCUGUCUUGACGACCCCAACGAGAUCGAGAGCCUGGCGAGGCGAUGGGGGACAGGAGUCAUGCUAUGA